AUGAUGCAUCGUGUUAAUCUCGGCUUUUAUCACUCCCUUUGGAUUAUUGAAUGGAAUCAAAUGCUCUUCGGCUUGAAGAAUGAACCCCAGAUCUAUCAACUUAUGAUCGACAACGCGAUAUAUGGAUUCACCUGGAUCCCGAAGCCUGAAGAUCAUGGAUGUACUUUAGAUGUGUUUGAGGACGGGGAGCCGGUGGAUCCACGCAAGCCAUCGGUGUUUGGUCGCAGAUCAUAUAUCGAUGACAUCCUGAUUCUGGGAUCAACUAUAUGA